AUGGUGCGUCUCACCAGCUUUCUCUCUGCUGUUUGGUUCCCUUUCGCGGCAGUUCAGGCCGGACUCUCCAACUUUGACGACUGGGAGCAUGGCCGCGUUGCGCUCGAGGAUGUCAGCAUUCACUUUCGCUACGCUGGAUCUGGCCCACCCUUGCUCCUCGUACACGGGACCCCCCAAUUCAGUCUGACCUGGCAAUUCAUCGGUCCUAUCCUCGCUGAGCACUAUACCGUCAUCGCCCCGGACAUGCGCGGGACCGGAGAUUCCAGCAUUCCGUCGACUGGGGACUAUACCUGCGAAACAUCUGCUGGCGAUCUCAAGGGCUUGCUCGAUUUCCUCAACAUAACCUCUACAUAUGUCUUCGCCCACGAUAGCGGCGUCGGCAUCGCCACUGCUCUGGCCAUCAAGAACCCCGCCGUCGUGAAGAGGUUGGCGUUUGGCGAGUACAUCUUCCCAGGGUUCGGUUACGAGCAGGCCGCAUCACCCGCUCCGUUCUUGGACCUGUACGGAAACCCACAGCUUUCUGCCUUUGCGGUUCCCGACUUUGCCGAGUUUCUCGUUCGCGGAAAGGAGAAGCAGCUGCUACAGUGGUACUUCUACAAGGGUAGCUAUUCCGGCGGCACCAGCUUCAGCGAGGAUACACUGAACCGGUACACCAGCAGCAUCUCGAAGCCCGGGUUUCUGAGGUCCAUGAUGGGCGUGUACUCCGCGGCCACCGUCCACGCAGACUCACAGUUUUUCCGAGGCCACCUGGGACAAGCCGCACUGGAGAUGCCAGCACUCGCAGUCGGCGGGGAGGCAAGCAACGGAAACGAGGGCAUUAUGCGUAUGCUUUAUUCGUGGGUAGCAAACGAUCUCGACGUGGCCGUGGUUCCCAAGGCAGGCCACUGGCUAGGUGACGAGAACCCAUCCUGGACAGCAAAGCGCGUGGCCAGCUUCUUCUCGGAAGACAAGGAAGCCUUGAAGAGCAUUGACCUGGCUUCCCUUGCCGAUCACGUCACCUUGCAAGUAGGAUUUUUCGGGACCUACAGGAACGCUGCCCUGGGUGCAGAUCUUGAUAUCGAGGAGGAAUUCCAAUAUACCGCCCUGAACAAGGACUCACAGUAG